UAGAUUUUCCAAAAAGUUCUAAGAUGGAAACAAAAUUAAAAGUUGAAAGUGUGAGGGCAGAAUGGGGAUCGGAUACAAAUAAAACUUGAAUUGAAAUCUUCAGCACAGGAGGGGAGUAACAGAAGCCAGAGCACCUUCCACCAGAAAACAGGGUGUGGUUCGUUAUUCAUCAUUCUCCAUGUCUUUGUCCUCCGCAUACAAACUCUACUCGUUUUUCUCUGUCAAACAUUGACGCUGUUCUUCGUCUGAUUCUACGUUGUUCCCCACGCCGUCGUCCACAGCGCCGGCGCGAAACCGGAGACGAAAAACUCCGACAAUUCUCAGGAAACGGCUAGAUCCUUCGCUGAUUCGCACGUAACUUGCGCCACUUCACGUGUUGCCGUCAGGUUUGAAGCAAUGCCGUUGCCGGCCUUUGUAAUCUAGAUGUAUUCUGAGAGGAGCACAAGGACCUGCUCCGUACUAAAGAGGAAGUGUGACAGUAAGAUGAAAUAAGUUACUGCAGAAGAUGGCGUCGAGGCAAAUGGAAGAGAUUCGGAAGAAAUUGGCGGACCUUAAUUAUCCUAGAGCAAAUGCGCCUGCACAGUCGCUCCUAUUUGCUGGCAUGGAGCGCUAUGCCCUUCUGGAGUGGCUCUUCUUUCGGCUUUUAGGUGAUAAGUCACCCUUUUCUCAACAAAACUUACAAGGGGAUAGUCUUGAUCGUGAUGAGGAGACAGGUCGAAUUCAGUAUUUAGCAGAGAUUGCUAAGUUUUUGGGCAUUACAACAACUGUAGAUACGGAAGCCAUUCAGGGGCAUGGAAGCUAUGAAGACCGCACUGAAAUGCUUCGUCUUAUUGUAGAUCUUGUGGAGGCAACAAUAUGUGCAGAUAAUCCGGAAUGGAGUGUUGACGAGCAGGUAGCCAAGGACAUUCAAUUGAUAGAUUCCAUUGCAGAAAAACAAGCUCAAAUAUUUUCUGAAGAAUGCAAAUUGUUUCCUGCAGAUGUUCAGAUUCAGUCCAUAUAUCCAUUGCCAGAUGUCUCUGAGCUGGAGUCAAAGUUUUCUGAACAAUCAAAAAUAUUGUUGAAUCUUCAACAAAAAGUUGAUGACUUGGCAUCCAAGCAUGCAUACCAUCCAGAUGAGGAGUAUACAGAGGUGGAAGCCCAGCUGAGAGCACAUUUGGAGUCUUUCCUAGAAACAGCUAGAACAUUCAAUUUGAUUUACACCAAGGAAAUUCGUCCAUGGACACACAUGAUGGAGGUUCCACAACUUCAUGGCUUUGGACCAGCAGCCAAUCGUUUAUUGGAGGCCUAUAAAAUGCUUUUGAAGUUUUUGGGCAACCUACGGAAUCUUAGAGAUUCACAUGCAGCUCUUGCCUUUGGUUCUUCUGAGACAUCUGACGGGCCUUCCUCUGUCACACGAAUAAUAUCUGAAUGUGAAUCUGCAUUGACAGUCUUAAAUCGUGAUCUCGGAAUUCUCUCUGCUUCCAUUGCUCGUGAACAGGGAGAGAAGAUGAACAUUGGAUGAAACAUGAAAAACUAGUUACUAAUCCUUAUUCUUUUGAUUUUCUGAACUUGUGCAUAAUGUUCAUAUUGUUAACAUGAAAUUGUUUCAUUUUCCAGACAUAUUUAGAAAUUGCAUGUAAGCAAGGCUCUCAGACAGGGUUAGUGUAAACACGUUGAAAGUCUUAAGUGUGACUCGUAGACUUGACUUGUAA